UUUUAUAAUAUGCAUUUAUGCAUUAUAAAUUAUAAUUAUUUUGUUUUUUCAAAGUGACAAUUCCACAAAUAUAAUUGUAUACUAUUACAAUAGAUCUGUUGUACACUCAUGUUAUAAAUACAGUUAUCACUUAAUAUCUUGAUACAAAGUUAAUUUAUUUUAGCUUAUUCAAUCCGGUACAAGGCAGUGGAAUGAUUGAGGUAUCAGCCAAACUUAUUGGUGGUCCGAUAUUUAUGCCGGGUAGUAAAAUUGGUUGCUGUAUAACAUUUACUCAUCCGCCAUUACCAUCUGAUUCUCGAAGCCAAAGUAAUAGUGACGUUUUAGAAAACUUAGCAUGGGCUAGUGUGCAAAUUAAUUGUUUGUGUUUAACCAACGACAAUAUUAAUUUUCCAUCAGCAAUGUGUGUUACUAAAGAUGAGAAAUUCAUAGGAAAUUCUGAAACUUCAUUUGCACCAUGUUUAACAGAUAACGGUCAUGUUGUUUUAUCUACAAAACCAAAAAUUUUGUUUUGUGAUGUUGGAUUAUCUCCUGGAGAAAGUAAAUCAUAUUUAUACAGCGAUACAUUGCCUAAUGAUGCGCCACCAUCAUAUAAAGGACAUUUAGUUAAAUAUGCUUACAAAAUUACAGUUGGUAUGCAGCGUUUAAACAGUCCAAUUAAAUUAUUGAGGGUACCAAUACGUGUUGUUGUUAUGCAUGGACUUACUGAAGGAGUGACAUGUGAGAAUAGUAUUGAUUUAUCUCCAAGUAAUCCAUUUUUAGAUUCUCAAUACAAACAUGAAGAAUGUGAUAUGGCUCUACAAAUGCUUCAAAAUAUAACUGCUAAACGAAGUCCCAAUUUUUACAAUAUAACAAACUCUGGAGGGAAAGUAGCUCGAUUUUGUUUAUUCAAACAAGCUUACAGACUUGGUGAAGAUAUAGUUGGAACUUUUGAUUUUGAACAAACAGAUGUGUCUUGUAUAGAGUUUACAGUAAGCUUGCAGUGCGAGGAAGCCGUGAAUAAAGACUUUGUAGCGGUCAGUCCGAGACCCAGAAAAGACAACGUAUCCAUCGUUUCAUACAACACUCAACAUCAAUUCUGUGCAAAUACCUUGAAAUCAUUUCUGCAGCUCGCUAUACCGUUGAACGUCACCCCAGCUUUUAGUACGCUCCUAGUAUGCGUGAAAUGGAGGCUUCACUUUGAAUUCGUGACCAGUACGAAGACUUCCGGCGAACGGUUGGUGGAAACCAAGGAGGGCACUUGCUGGACAGGCCCGGAACACGUAGACAUCGAGACAAUGGUGUGGGAUUUGCCCAUACAGAUAUACCCAUCCGUGCCGUCCAUAGCCAACGACCCACACGCCCAAACGAGGAUAACAAUCGCGAUAUGAUUUUUUUCCAUCGUAUACCUUUACGCAUAUAGGUACACUGUACACAAUGCUGUGCUCGUUUUAUAAAAAUAUAUAAUAAUGUGUAUUAUUAUAAUUAUUAUUAUUAUUAUUAUAAUCUUUUUAUACGAAU